AUGGCAGCUAAGUCAUUCAAUAAGGCGAUUCAAAUCGAUUCAGCAGCUAUAAAAAUUAUAUCGAAUCAAGCCACUCAAUUAAUUAAACAAAUUCAAAGAGAUAUUAAAAACGAAAAGGAACUAUCUAAGGAAACCAGCAAAACGUGUAAUACAAUUUUACAAAAUGCUCAAAAACAAUAUAUUCGUAUACAAAUUGAAUUUGUUGAAGAAACAAAAAUACUUAUUACAAAAACUUUAGAAGAACCAGAUAUACGACUUCAUGAAACGUGGCUGCAUGUCUUCGAUAUGUUCGCAACAAGAUGUGAACAAGUAGCUGGUCCAAUUUUGCAAGUGUUAAAUUCUGUGGCUCUUGAAAGCAAUCGUUUGAAACAUAAAUAUUACAGUUUUGUCGCUGGUGCCACAACUUCCUCAGUUGUAUCUACAGUUCUAAUUGGUGGACUUAUAGUGCAUUAUUUGCCUGCUACUGUAUGUGGUUUUACACUUACUGCUGGUGGAGUCGUUUUAGCAGCAAGUGGAGCACUCUUGGCAGCUGGUUUAGCUAUUGCAUGUAUUAUUGGAGCAAUGAAGAUAGAAACAAUACGAGCUGUAUAUGAUAAAUGCACAAGUGAAUGA